AUGCGCAACGAGGACUUCGCGAGCUCGGCGCUGGCGCUGGACUUUUGCGACACCUUCGAGGGCGUCUACUUGCCCUCGGCAGAAGGUGAAGUGGACGCCUGGCGGAGGCUGGGCAUCGAGCAGGCCCACGUCCGGGGCUGCGCGGUGCUGGGCUUCUGCCGAGACAUCGGCUGGGGCCUGUGGGCGGAUCUGUGGACUGCCGGACUUUGGCUCUACCCACUGGAGCAUGCCAUGGAAGACGCUCAGCUGUCCAGGCCGAGCGGCGGGCUGCAGCUCCUCUACCGCUGCCUGCACCCUUCGCCGCUCGGCGCCUGGGAAGCCGUGCUGGGCGCCGAGCCCGCGCCGCAGGUGUGCGUUGCCUUGAAGGCAGACCCUCCUGAGGCGGCGUCCGACUGGCAGGACCUUCUAGGCCCCAUCCUGGGCUUCCUCCUGGACUUCCACUCAGCAAGCUGGCGGGGCUUCGUGCACCAACGGGCCCUGAACGGUCUGAGCGCCAUGGAGAUCGCCAGCCGGCUCUCCCACCUGCUAGCCGACACCUUCGCAGUGCGGUGUGUGUGCCGCCGGUUCCUGGCCUCGAGCCGCAGAUGCAGCGGCCGCUGGCGCGGCGCGUUGCACCAGCUGCUGCAGCUGCCCCGCAGGCUCUACAAGCCGAGUGAGGCGUCGGGUAUGGAUCUCUCGCGGCCCUUCACUCGGUCCAUGCAGCUCCUGCCCACAGACGCGUUGCGGUACAUCAUGGCGCUGUUGACGGAUGUGAACGUGGCGGCCUUGGAGCAGAGCUGUGCCUUCCUGGCGAAGAUCCACGGCCAGCACCGGCGCUUCGAGAUCUCCUGGAAGCAGUCCCUGCACGCCAUGAGGAGCCGGAUGGUGGCGCUCUCCAAGACCAGGCUGUCGUGGCUCUCGUGCCUGAGCCUGACGGCGGAGGCCCACUUUAGGCGCCACCACUGGGCGGCCUCCAUCACCGCUGUGAAGGUGAGCACCAAAGUCCUGGGCGGCGCGGGCAAGAUGUUCGAAUGUGAGGAGAGCAAAGGUCUGCACAAAGCCUGGCCACAUUGCGUGCGCUUUGCCCACAGACUGCUCAAGCAGGUGCCGGUGUCCUGGGACCGGGAGGCCUUUGCGAACUCGGAGAGUCGCACCACGGAGAACGGGAUCCCCAAGGAGACCGUCUUCUCGGGCAACUUGGUUUCAACGCCCUCGUGCUUGAAGAGCCGUGGCCAGCUGCUGCUUUUCGGGGAUAUGCUCUGGCGCCGGGACGGCGUGCCCUUGGAGUCCGAAGCCCCCGUCGCGGCCCACGAGAUGCUGGCGCAGCUGGAGGAGGGCGAGGGCACCUACCUGGGCCGGCGGCGGGGCUUCGGGUCGCGGCGCUGCAUGCCGGGGGCCAACCGCUGCCACUGGGCGGUCUGUGCGGAGAACAUGGGGCUCUCAGCCGGGGACCACGACGCCAGGACCUGCCCGGCCUGCAGUGAGACCCGGGGCUUUUCCACUCUCUGCGCGUCCUUCGUCAACUCCUUCGAGUUCCAGCUGCCCGAAAUGACGAAGCCGUUGGUGGUGGACAUCGAGCUGGAGGCCUUUGUCCUUCCGUUCCUCUUCACCUCCACUGACUUCGAGCAGCGCUGCCUGCCUUUUCGGGUUCUCGAGGAGGAGACUGAGAUCUCGGAAGACACCUGGGGCGAAGAGGACAUGAGCGACGGCCCGGACUGA